UGCUGCCAAUCAGUGCCACCUGUCAGUGCCAGUCAGUGCUGCCUACCAGUGCCAUCAGUGCCGCCUAUCAGCGCCAUUCAGUGCCGCCUAUCAGUGCCAUAUAUGAGUGCUGCCUUUCAGUGCCCAUCAGUGAUGCCUGUCAAUGCCCCUCGGUGCCACCUACCAGUGCCUCCUCAUCAGUGCCGCCUAUCAGUGCCCAUUAGUGCAGCCUAUCAGUGCCCAUCACUGCAGCUUCAUUAGUGCACAUCACUGAAGGAGAAAAAUCACUUAUUUACAAACUUUUAUUA